CAUGACCUUAUCCUCAGAGCCACAACGUUUGACCAUAAACGCUCAACACACACGGAAAUGCUUCACAACUUGGGCAAAUGGGCGGCCCUUCCUUCGCCGCCCAAUCUCCCUCGCCUCCCAACCACUCACGAGCAACCUUGCGCAUCCACGGCACUCCAAGCUCGAAAGCGACACAAGAGCUGUCCCCACGGCACGGCCAUCCGGUGCGCCGCGAGGAGGAGGUCAGUGCGGUACGGCGGCAGCGCCGAGGAGGAGGAGGAGGAGGCUGAAGGCGACGGGGAAGAGUACGGCCCCAACAAGGAGAUCGCGAUGCUGGAGCUGUACAGCCAGUCCGCAAGAGGCGAAGCUCUUGUGGUGCAUGCCGAUGUGGGCGGAGAGGAAGUGGAAGUCCUCAUCUAUAAGGGAUUUUCUUCAAGCUUGAGCUAUGGAACAGCGCCGGACCCAUCAAAAAGUGUUCUUCCGGCAAAGGCACAGAUCAAGUGGAUUGAUAGAAUCAAGGGACCUUUCGACCCUUCUAACAUUGAGUAUAUCGAGAAAGGAUUGACAUGGGAAAAUUUCGAGCAAUUUCUCGCACCCAAAUGAAAAUACUCUUCCAAUGUCAUUUCUUUGUUUUCUUGUUUUAUGGGCAUCUUUUGGGAUUUUCUCUCCCUUCUGUUUUGCUGAUCAAAAAAAUUACCAUAUAUUACAUAGCAUAGAUUUCCGUAUCCUACAAAGAAAAACAUGAUAUAAAAGUACGGAGUAUUCACUUGA